CUCUCUCUCUCUCUCUCUCUCUCCAUACAUGUAUGCAUCUAUAUCUAUAUAUUAUAUAUAUAAACUCUGGGUCAGAUUAUUAAAUAGCCGAAUUGGCUACGAAGAUACAGCAAUAGGAAUUCAACCCAGAUCAGCUUAGUCAAACCCCAUGUCCAGUUUCCAUAUUUAGUCUUCAACCGAACGCUUAGGGCUCGUAUUUAUUGAUUGGUUCCCUCAAAAUCAAAAAAAUAUAUACAUUUUGUAUACACAUAACAUUGAAUCACAUAGGAAGGUUUAUCUUGAUCUUAAUGGAUCCACCUAUAAUCAAUGAGACUUCCUUCUCAGCAGCGAAUCCUUCUUCUUACAGUUUAACUGAGAUUUGGCCGUUUUCCUCCAUCAAUGGCGGUGGCAAUGAGGGAUUGGGACUGAAGAUGGGCAGCAGCUUUAUCAAUGGAUUUGUGGAACCAGGUAACAACCGCGAUGAGGAAUCUUCGGUGACGGAGCAGAGUGGUGGCGGAAGGAAGCGGAGGGAUGCUAAUUCUGAAGACGAAUCUUCAAAGCUUGUCUCUACUAGUAGCGGCAAUGAUUUGAGCAACUUGAAUGGAAAAAGAACGAAGAUGUCUGAAUCUAAAGAUGAACUGAGUGGUUUAAAAGUUGAUGGAGAAAACAGUAAACCUUCAGAACCACCUAAAGACUACAUCCAUGUCAGAGCAAGAAGGGGUCAAGCCACAGACAGCCAUAGUCUUGCAGAAAGAGCUAGGAGAGAAAAGAUUAGUGAAAGGAUGAAAAUUCUUCAAGAUUUGGUCCCUGGGUGUAAUAAGGUUAUAGGAAAAGCACUUGUACUUGAUGAAAUAAUCAACUACAUUCAAUCACUCCAACAUCAAGUCGAGUUCUUGUCUAUGAAGCUUGAAGCUGUAAAUACAAGAAUGCACUCUCCCAUUGAAGGGUUUCCUACAAAAGAUAUUGUGCAUCCACAACCCUUUGAUGCAGCAGCACUUCUGUUUGGGUCACAAGCAGCACGUGAAUAUGGUCAAGAAUCACAACCAGAGUGGCUUCAUAUGCAAUUAGGAAGUAGCUUUGAGAGAGCAACAUAAAGUCAACAUGAAGCAUAAUUGUUAGUCAAUCAGAAAGUUUGCAAUUCUGAGGUAUGUAAUAUGUAUGAUUAUUAUUGUUAUAUGAACUCAUAUCAGAUUACUCGUGAUAUUUAGGCUAAUAUAAAAUGUAUGAUCUGUAAAAAAUUGCAAAUUCUGAAUGACUCCUUUGAUGGAUCAAAACUACUCGUGUUGGGGCGAAAAGUGGUUUUACAUGUUCUUUUUCUUUUUUGCUUUUUGCAAUAUGCAAAAAGAUUGUUUCUGUGAAAUGUACUAAUUAGCAAUUUAAUGUUUUUUCUUAACAUAACAUUCAUUGUUUUAAAUUCCAUGAUAUUUGAGGUUCUUAAAAAGAUUUUUAGUUUGUGCAUUAUGGAAACUUUUAGUAUGUAAAGACAAUAAGAAAUUGACCAAUAGGAGAAUAUGAUCAAAUACCAAGCAUUAGGAACAUAAUUGAUGUAUGGGGUCUGGUGUUUGGAAAUGAAUGUUAGGAUAAAGGUAUUUUAUAACAUCGAGGUAAAGAUGCAUGAGAAAUCCUAAAGUUUGAUGGAAGCAUAAGCAACAAAAGUACAUUGCUUAAAUGGAACAUAAUAGAAGUACGAUGCCCACAUGGAAAAUAGAUAAAGCAUGAGCAUUAUAUGUAUUUGGUAAUGUACUUGUUGGUACAGAAGUGUCUCAAUAUGAUGGACAUGCAAUUAUUGG